UCAGACUUCCUGACAGUUCUCUAUUCAAAGAAAGAUGGAUUGCUUGUUGUGGUUGUUGUCGUUUUUCUUCGUUGUAGCACUUACAAUGAGUCUGACUAAUGCAGACGUGGAUAACAUUUUAAAAGAUAAAAUUUGCCAACGAAAACGUGAUGAUAUAUUGAAGAAUCCCAUCCUAAUUGGCCAAAUAAUACCACAAUGUGAUAAAGAUGGUAACUUUAAUGCCAGACAGUGUUCAGGUUCAACUGGAAGUUGUUGGUGUGUUGAUAAGUGGAGUGGACAGGAAAUAGAGUUUCAACAUCAGGACAAAAAUGGCCUUCCAUUAUGUGAGCCAAAUUGCUUUCUGUAUCUGGAAAACAUGCAGUCAAUCUUGAUCCAUGGUGAACCAUUUCCUCUUUCUUUUAUGCCACACUGCAAUGAGAAAACUGGUUAUUUUCAGCCGAAACAGUGUAUGAAAGAGGAAUGUUGGUGUGUCUCUAAGCUGGGAAAAGAGAUUAAAAAUACUCGUGGUUCAAAGCCAGAGGUUUUGUGUCAAACAUGAAUACCAUUACCAAAUCUAGCUUUAUACCUAACUUUAUUCAUAAACAAUUUAUAUUAAGUAUGUUGAAAGACAAGAAGUUGGAAAUGAUCCUAAUUUUGCAGUUUCUGCUGUGCAAAAAAGGGGAAGUUCAGAAUUGAGAAAACACGAAACAAUCAAUUUAGAAUACACACAGUGGCAUAGCCAGCCUCAUGAUUUAGUCCUGCAAUGCAAAUUUAAAGUCGUUAGAAUUAUUCAUUUCUUUAGAAAUUCGUUAUUUUCAAUGAACACCAAAAUAGUAGCAAUAUAGCAGGACUAAAUCGACCACAACUACGUUAGGAGAACGCUACUGGAAAUAAGUAAGCUCAGAGAAGGUCAGUGAGUCGUUUCUGAACGUCACUAAAUUCGCUUAGUGUAAAUCUGGCCCUGCUACUUUGCUACUAACGUGUUUAAAUUUGCCUGAGAAAUGUUGCAGAAGGAAAAACAUCAUAGGACAUAGUCCUAGUGUUCCCAGUUACCACCAUCUUGAUUGAUUUUCCAACUCAUGUGCAAAAAAUCUUUUAUCGUUGCCAUGUCUUUAUUGCCACCCAAUAAACGAUACGCGUUGUAAGCCAUCACAAAAUAAACAAGCUGAAGGUGUCUAAACUUUAAAAAACCGGAAGGAAAUUUCGAAAAAGCAAUCAAGAUGGCACCCCCAUCAUGACAAAUGAAGAAAAAUCAUGACGUUAUAUGCAAAUAAAUAAAUAAUGUAUAGUAAAAAAAACUAAUGAAACAGAUUACAAACAAUCAUAAACUUGGCUAUAAAUUAGUUUAGGGUUUCCUUAAUAUUAAUCAAUAAUACUAAAUUAUAUAAGCAAAUCCUACGCAUGUCAUCUGAAAACUGUAUAAAAUGCUGUUUUUAAUUACUUUUAUGAAAUUUUUGAUGCAUAGACAUAGCUUUUGGGAUAUUCCCGUGCGAAUGUGUGCAAAGUGCAAUAAAUGAAUAAUCAUGUUAGAG